AUUACCUCCUCAAUUUCUACCCUCAUAUCUGACAUUUACAUUUCUAAAUGUCUGCCUUUAACAUAAAAAUAAUUUCUACCCUCAUAUAAAAAUAAUUUUAGACAGUUGAAGCAUUUUGUUAUUCGUUGUUUUAUUUAUUGUAUUUUAAGAAACCAAAAGAUGGAUCUGUAAUCAGAACAGUAUUUUGACUAAAGUCACAAAAGUGAUGUCAGGGCUGUUAGCGAUUUCAAAAACAACAAACUGCCAACAAUGAGCUGGAUUUAUCUCAUUUAACAUGACUCAGUGUUUGGGAUCUCCCCUCCAUCCCUCUCUCCUCUCCUCCAUCCCUCUCUCCUCUCCUCUCCUCCAUCCCUCUCUCCUCUCCUGCAUCCCUCUCUCCUCUCCUCUCCUCUAUCCCUCUCUCCUCUCCUCCAUCCCUCUCUCCUCUCCUCCAUCCCUCUCUCCUCUCCUCUCCUCUAUCCCUCUCUCCUCUUUACUACAUCCCUCUCUCCUCUCCUCCAUCCCUCUCUCCUCUCCUCCAUCCCUCUCUCCUCUCCUCCAUCCCUCUCUCCUCUCCUCCAUCCAUCCCUCUCUCCUCUCCUCCAUCCCUCGCUCCUCUCCUCCAUCCCUCUCCCCUCCAUCCCUCUCCCCUCUAUCCCUCUCUCCUCUCCUCCAUCCAUCCCUCUCUCCUCUCCUCCAUCCCUCGCUCCUCUCCUCCAUCCCUCUCCCGUCCAUCCCUCUCUCCUCUCCUCCAUCCCUCUCUCCUCUCCUCCAUCCCACGCUCCUCUCCUCCAUCCCUCUCUCCUCUCCUCCAUCCCUCUCUCCUCUCCUCCAUCCCUCUCUCCUCUCCUCCAUCACUGUCUUCUUACCUCCACCCCUCUCUCCUCCCCUCCAUCCCCCUCUCCUCCCCUCCAUCCCUCUCUCCUCCAUCACUUUCUCCUCCCCUCCACCCCUCUCCUCGCCUCCAUCCCUCUCGCAGAGAAACAGGAGAGAAACAGAGAGAGAGAGAGAGAAACAGCAGAGAAACAGGAGAGAGAAACAGGAGAGAAACAGGAGAGAAACAGGAGAGAAACAGGAGAGAGACAGGAGAGAAACAGGAGAGAGAAACAGGAGAGAAACAGGAGAGAAACAGUAUAGAAACAGGAGAGAAACAGGAGAGAGACAGGAGAGAAACAGCAGAGAAACAGGAGAGAGAGACAUGAGAGAAACAGGAGAGAGAGACAGGAGAGAAACAGGAGAGAAACAGGAGAGAAACAGGAGAGAGAAACAGGAGAGAAACAGGAGAGAAACAGGAGAGAAACUGCAGAGAAACAGGAGAGAGAAACAGGAGAGAAACAGGAGAGAAACAGGAGAGAGAAACAGGAGAGAAACCGGAGAGCGAAACAGGAGAGAAACAGGAGAGAAACAGGAGAGAGAGACAGGGGAGAAACAGGAGAGAAACAGGAGAGAAACAGGAGAGAGAAACAGGAGAGAAACAGGAGAGAAACAGGAGAGAAACAGGAGAGAAACAGGAGAGAGAGACAGGAGAGAAACAGGAGAGAAACAGGAGAGAGACAGGAGAGAAACAGGAGAGAGAGACAGGAGAGAAACAGGAGAGAAACAGGAGAGAAACAGGAGAGAAACAGGAGAGAAACAGGAGAGAGAAACGGGAGAGAAACAGGAGAGAAACAGGAGAGAGAGAGGAGAGAGAAACAGGAUAGAAACAGGAGAGAAACAGGAGAGAGAAACAGGAGAGAAACAGGAUAGAAACAGGAGAGAAACAGGAGAGAAACAGGAGAGAAACAGGAGAGAGAGACAGGAGAGAAACAGGAGAGAAACAGGAGAGAAACAGGAGAGAGAAACGGGAGAGAAACAGGAGAGAAACAGGAGAGAGAGAGGAGAGAGAAACAGGAUAGAAACAGGAGAGAAACAGGAGAGAGAAACAGGAGAGAAACAGGAUAGAAACAGGAGAGAAACAGGAGAGAAACAGGAGAGAAACAGGAGAGAGAAACGGGAGAGAAACAGGAGAGAAACAGGAGAGAGAGAGGAGAGAGAAACAGGAUAGAAACAGGAGAGAAACAGGAGAGAGAAACAGGAGAGAAACAGGAGAGAGAGACAGGAGAGAAACAGGAGAGAAACAGGAGAGAAACAGGAGAGAGAAACGGGAGAGAAACAGGAGAGAAACAGGAGAGAGAGAGGAGAGAGAAACAGGAUAGAAACAGGAGAGAAACAGGAGAGAGAAACAGGAGAGAAACAGGAUAGAAACAGGAGAGAAACAGGAGAGAAACAGGAGAGAGACAGGAGAGAAACAGGAGAGAGAAACAGGAGAGAAACAGGAGAGAAACAGGAGAGAGAGAGGAGAGAGAAACAGGAUAGAAACAGGAGAGAAACAGGAGAGAGAAACAGGAGAGAAACAGGAUAGAAACAGGAGAGAAACAGGAGAGA